AUGACCAGCGAACUGAAGGAUCUAAAGAAGCAGGAGAGGCAGAUCAAGUCUACUUUCGACGGUGUGAGGAAGUUUUUGGACCAGUUUAAGGCAGAAAAACAUGCAGCUCAAAUUGCCACCCGACUGGAAAUGCUCGAAACAGCCAUGAAAAAGUUCUACACUGUGCAACGGAAAUUGGAAAUCGUGCUGGAAGAGGAAGAUGAGGAAACCAAAGAAUCCCCCGAGCAGCGCUGCGAACGUCAACAGAAACGCGACGAUGCCAGUGCUGUGUUGACCUGCUUUUUCGAAGACACCUAUUGUGAACUUAAGGCAAGUUUGAAAGCACUUCUUCCUCUGGAACCUGAUGUCACACCACCUCAACCCACAACCCUUCCCAGCAACCUCCCGGGAACCAAUUCUCGUGUGAAGCUGCCUGAGAUCCGACUUCCUAGCUUCGGAGGCCUCACUCGUGAGUGGGUUACCUUUCGGGAUACUUUUCGGAGCUUGAUCCAUUUGAACGAUCAACUAUCUACUAUGGACAAGUUUACGUAUCUCCGAUCUUCGCUAACUGGGGACGCCUUUCAGGAAAUUGCUUCGGUGGAUGUAACAGCGGCGAAUUAUUCUGUAGCGUGGGACUUACUUCAAAAACGCUACGAGAAUAAAAAAUUAAUAGUGAAGGCCCACCUCGAUGCCUUAUUCAGCAUUGAACCUAUUAAACGGGAAGGUUUUGAUGCCUUGAGUCAGUUGAUUAGCGAAUUCGAUCGCAAUCUACUACAGCUUGCGAAGAUUGGGGAGGAAACUGACAAUUGGAGUACUAUAUUGGCCUAUAUGGUGUGCUCACGACUAGAUUCCAGUACUUUGCAACUUUGGGAAGCUCAUCAUGCAUCGAAAGAAGUCCCUACCUAUGAUGAUCUGAUGGACUUUCUUCGGCAACAGUGCGCAGUUUUGCAAUCUAUUGCACCAGCUAAAUCGAAUUUGAAUGAACCCAAACAUCCAAGAUUUUCGGUCAGCCACACAACAGUCAGAUCUUCAAAUCGUUGUCCUUUCUACGGUGGUGAGCCACACUCAGCAUUUAUGUGCCAGAAAUUCCUGAAGCUGAAACUUUCUGAGCGGCAUGAGAUGGUGAAACGACAUGGACUCUGCUUCAAUUGUUUUUCAUCGGCGCACAUGCUUCGAGCCUGCACCCGUGGGAACUGCCGUCAGUGCCAACACAAGCACCACACCCUGCUGCAUCCAGUGAGAGUGAACAGUGCGCCAGUUCCGUACAAUCCACAAGUGCCGAAUCGACCAUCAAAUCCCAUCAAUCAACAACAACAACAACAACAACAACCACAACCACAUGCUCAGAACACGACCACACCUACCCACCAGCGAAGUUCACAUUCAAGCUCGUACCCAGUAACACUGCAAAGAAACCCACUACACACCACAGACCCUUCCAUCGAUACACAUGCUUUACCUGUUAACACCUACACCUCACUUCAUCAAGUUCUUCUUUCCACCGCCUUGGUGCGCGUUACCGAUUGCCAUGGGAAUUUCCUUUUGGCUAGAGCACUUCUAGACUCGUGCUCGGAAUAUUGUUUUAUUACCACGAACCUUUAUCAAAAAUUGAAUCUUGUUGAAGCUUCUAGCUUCCUGACUGUUGCUGGCAUUGGUGGUUCGGUGGUUCAGUCCAACAAACUAGUCAAAGCUACUAUUCUGCCGAGAGAUCAUUGUAUUUCGUCUUACGUGGAGAUGAUUGAUCUUCAUGUCCUUCCGAAGCUCACUUCUACGCUUCCGACUCAAGCAGUUAGCCUGAAUCAGCUGAAAAUUCCGGCAGAUCUUACUUUGGCAGAUCCAGAGUUCCACCAGCCAGGACCGAUAGACCUCAUCAUUGGAGCGGAGCACUACUACGAUUUGAUUGAGGAUAGCCGUAGAAAACUGAACGAGAACGGCCCGACGAUGCAGAAAACUGUCUUCGGUUGGGUUAUUUCUGGCCGAGUACCCGAUAGCACCUCAGAAUCUGCUUGCGAGAAGUUCUACGACGAAACGACCUACCGAGAUGCAGAUCAACGCUACGUAGUCUCAUUGCCUAAGAAAAGCUACCUCAUCGACAAACUCGGAGACUCCAGAGCCACAGCACUUCGAAGGCUCGAAGGUCUUGAACGACGUUUAGCGAGAGAUUCAGCGUUGAAGCAGCAGUAUUUUGAGUUCAUCCAAGAAUACAUCGACAUGGGCCACAUGAUCGAGGUCAAGGAGGAGUCGAAUCAGCUGGCAUACUACAUGCCACAUCAUCCUGUUCAGAAACCCGACAGCACCACCACCAAGUUGAGGGUAGUCUUCGAUGCUUCUUGUCGAACAACUUCGGGGGUUUCGCUCAACGAGGCACUUAUGGUUGGCCCAGUAGUGCAGGACGACCUGCUAUCUAUCGUUCUUCGGUUCCGGUUUCGCAAAAUCGCAAUUGUGGCAGAUAUUGCGAAAAUGUAUCGCAUGGUGCGCAUGAAUCCAGCUGAUCAAUCGCUUCAGCACAUCCUGUGGAGAUUCUCACCAGAAGAACCUGUGAAGUCGUACCAGAUGACAACGGUCACUUACGGAACUGCGUCAGCGCCAUACUUGGCAACCAAAUCCCUCCAACGUUUGGCCCAGGACGGUGAGAGCAGCUAUCCAGCAGCAGCAGCAGUGAUCAAGAAGGAUGUUUAUGUCGACGAUCUGAUGACAGGAACUGAUGACCCAGAAGAAGGUGCCCAGCUGGUAUCAGCUGUCAACACUUUGACCAACUCUGCAGGAUUCAUUCUUCGGAAAUACUGUUCGAACAGUCCUGAAAUAUUAUCGAAAAUCUCUCCAGAGCUGCGAGAUGAAAGGACAACACUUGAGCUUGAUUCGUCGACAGCGACAGUGAAGACACGAUAUGAAGAUUUUCUGGAGUACCGCCGCAAUUUGAUUGCUUUAGAAUCGUUUUCUGUGCCCAGGUGGACGGGCUAUCUCAACAACUUGACCAGUGUAGAGCUCCACGGUUUCUGCGACGCUUCAGAAGCCGCAUAUGGAGCAUGUAUCUACCUUCGCUGUACAUCAGAUAAAGGGUCAAUCACAGUUCGGCUCGUCACAGCAAAAUCUAAGGUAGCACCCUUAGAAGAUUUGGCUCGCAGGAAGAAAAAGCAAUCGAUUCCCAGAUUAGAAUUAUCAUCUGCCCUUCUAUUGGCCCAUUUGUACGACAAGCUGAGGCAAAGUAUUCCAUUCACGAUCUCUGCGUAUUUCUGGACCGACUCCAUGAUUGUCAAGUACUGGCUCGCUUCACUUCCAUCCAGAUGGCAAUCAUUCGUGGGCAACAGAGUGUCGGAAAUACAACACAUCACCAAAGGCGGAAUUUGGAAUCACAUCUCAGGGACAGAGAAUCCGGCAGACAUCAUCUCCAGGGGCAUGAGUCCGGCGCAGCUGCAAUACCAAUCACUGUGGUUGGAGGGCCCCAGCUGGUUGAAAUUCGAUAGAUCCGCCUGGCCAACAAUCGUUGAACACCCAUCAGAAAUCGACAACUCCCUGCUCGAAGAAAAACCAGCAGCAGCUUUGCCAGUUCAAGCGCAUCCACCAAGUUUUAUAUUCGAAUUGCAUUCCUCGUUGCCACGUCUUGUUCGAAUUGUUGCUCUGCUGCAAAGAUUCAUCUACAACUCAAAGAAGCGGAAUCGUGAUACCAAACGCAUCGGCCAAGUAUCAUUGGAAGAAGUUGAAGAAGCCUUGCAAGUAUUUGUUAAAAUAUCCCAAUGUGAGACGUUUCCCGAGGAGCUGAAAGCUUUGCGCACGAACCACGACAUUAGAACAUCAUCCCCCCUUUCUUCGUUGAAUCCUGUGCUCGUGGAUGGAAUAAUGCGCGUCGGUGGCCGGCUGCGCCACGCUGCUAUUUCGGAAGACAGGCGACAUCCGUUCAUUCUACACCCGAAACAUCCUCUGACCAAAACCAUCAUGCGUCACUAUCACCUGAAGAAUUUUCAUGCGGGGCAGCAGCUGUUGGUAUCGACAGUUCGCGAGCGAUUUUGGCCAAUUCACAUCGACAGUUUGGCUCGCAAGGUGAUAUUUGAAUGCGUGUCAUGCUUCCGGAACAAACCCAAGGUGCAGCAACAAUUGAUGGCAGAUCUUCCUCCAGAACGGGUGAAUCCGGACUUCGUUUUCAACAAGGUUGGUGUUGAUUUGUGUGGUCCCUUCUACAUCAAAUAUCCAGUUCGGAAAACAGCUCCAAUUAAAUGCUUUAUAGCCAUUUACGUUUGCCUGGUGACCAAGGCGGUCCACAUGGAAAUUGUCGCUGAUCUGUCCACCCAAUCCUUCCUCGCAUCAUUCAAGCGCUUCACUGCUAUUCGGGGCACUCCCAAAUUAGUAAUGUGCGACAACGCCAAGAACUUCGUCGGCGCUGAUCGCGAGCUUCGAGAGUUGAAACAACUCUUCGUUGACCAACAAUUCCAACGCACCGUAAUCACCGAAGCCGAGGUAGAUGGCGUUGACUUCAAAUUCAUCCCUCCCCGUUCUCCCAACUUCGGAGGCCUAUGGGAGGCGGCCGUCAAGUCAUUUAAGCGGCAUUUUCGUAGAACCAUCGGCAACAAUCCUCUUACGUACGAUGAGCUUCACACCGUAGUCCACCAAAUCUCUGCCAUCUUGAACUCUCGGCCUCUAACUCCACUUAGCAACGAUCCCGACGACUACCAAGCACUUACUCCGGGACAUUUCCUAGUCGGCCGACCCAUUACUGCAUUCCCAGAGCCUGAUCUUCAAGACCUUCCACUAAACAGACUGUCUCUGUGGCAAGAAAAGGAAAUGUUCGUGCAGCGGAUCUGGCAAAGGUGGUCUACAGAAUAUUUGUCCAAUCUACACAACCGUACUAAGUGGACCAAGAAGCGCAACAACAUACAAGUCGGAACAAUGGUGCUGAUUAUGGAGGAAAAUAUGCCAAAACAAAGUUGGUGCCUAGGCCGUGUUAUCAACUGCAUUCCGGGUCCAGACGGACACGUCCGGGUAGUGCUGGUGAAGACUAAGGAUACCACUCUCAAACGGGGAAUUUCGAAGAUCUCCGUCCUGCCAAUACGGGACAACUUCGACGAACUACCAUCGCAGGAGCACUAG